GGGAGCAUGGGAGCGGACAUCAGGACUGCUGUGUCUGUACGAGGAAACUCCAUUUCCAAACCUUGCCACCGCAAAGUCUGUUUUCACACUGAGAAGAAGGUCAAGUUCUGGCCAUUUUGGAAUCUCAAAUAGGAUCGAACUCGAGAUGCUGAGCUCCAGAGCGUUUCUGUUGCAGGUGUGUUUGAGUCUGGCCGUGUACAGCGGGUCCAGCACCUGUAAACCUCUCAGUAAUGACGUGGAAAGUCAGGACCCCGAGGGAUUAGACAUUCAGCUGUCAGACGAUGAUCUACUGGAGAAGGAAGACGUGGACAUGAGGAUGGAGAACCUCCUUGGGAACAUGAAGGAGGGCUUUUUGAAAAAACUCAACCUGUCAGAUGUUCCUCAGGAGCACAGCAAGAUGUCUCCUCCUCAGUUCAUGAUGGAACUUUACAACAAGUAUGCUGCAGACCGCUCCACCAGCCCUCAGUCGGAUGUCAUAAGAAGCUUCUCUGUUCAAGAUUUCACCAUCUCUUUAAUCAAUGGCACAAAGACAAAGCACAGGCUGCAGUUCAACGUCACCAUCCCCAGUCAUGAGAAGAUUGUCACAUCUGAACUCCAGCUCUUCUUUUUCCCAGACAACACGUCAAUAACCUCCUCAAAGUCAAUAGUCAAAGUCUACGAGGUGGGUCACAAUUUGACUUCUACGACCCUACUCGAGGGCAAAGAGGUGACCAGUUCUCAUGGUGUGUGGGCCUCAUUUGACGUGACUGCAGCAGUCGAGGGCUGGUCGAGGUCAGGCUGCGGUGCAACUGUUUUAGACGUCGUGGUGGACAGGAAGGAUUGUGUAGCUCCUCCAGGUGGAGAUGAAGCAGCAGGAUGUUUGAAUGUGAGCCUGUCGGUUGGAGGAAACACCUCAGCAGCUGUGAUUGUGUUCUCAGAUGACCUGAGCAGCAGGAGGCAGGAGAACAAGAAAGAGCUCAGGGAGAUGAUCCACCGUGAGGAAGAAGCCAUCCUGCACUCAGGCGCUGACUGGAACAGAGGGGGAGAUCUGCCAAACGAAAUCCUGGAAGCUCAACAUCCACGGAGAACCAAAAGAAAGGCCAGUGGGAGGGAGUACUGCCGGCGGACCUCACUCAAAGUCAACUUCAAGGACAUUGGCUGGGACAGUUGGAUUGUAGCUCCUCCAGAAUAUGACGCCUAUGAAUGGCGAGGUCUUUGUUACCACCCGCUGACGGAUGAGUCCACCCCAUCUAAACACGCCCUCAUCCAGACUCUGAUCAACAUCAGGGACCCCGGGAAAGCCAACAUGGCUUGUUGUGUCCCAAUUAAACUGGACCCCAUCACGGUCAUGUAUCAAGAGAAUGGACGUCUCACUAUAAGAUAUCUGUACGAGGAGAUGAAGGUGGCAGAGUGCGGGUGCAGGUAGUUGGAGGGUUGGUUGGAGUAAAUAGUAUAAGUAUAAAAAGAAAUAAAAUAAAGUGAAACGUUAAAGAGAUACAUACAAAAUAUUUUCUAAUUUGUACUUUAAGUUGGUCGAUCUUUGGUAUCCAUGCAUGGAUACACAUUAGAUACUGACACAUGCCAUGCAGACCUUAUUAACAAUUAGCACUAGAAAUUAGCAAGAAGAAUGAUGUGCAUAAAUGGUGUCAUAGGAAUUUAGAUAUUUAUGUUACUGUUAGGCUUGAAGAAAGACAUUGAGACACCAGAGACACCAAAAAACAACAAAUGUGCACUUCCUGUUAGAGGCAGAAGUAAAUCAGUCACAGUUUCCAAAUAGAACAUUUGUUUAAAAAACUACUGCAGACCAAAGCUGACAGUUUAGUAAAGGUCAAAUUUGUUUUUAUGGUGUUUCUACUCAUACUCUACUAAAAACUAGCAAAAUGUUGCAAUGGUAAAUAAAGUUGGCAUUUUUACAUUUUAUGCAGUAUUUACGAUAAUAAAUCUGUACUUGUAUGUCAAGUACAUAAUAAGCGU